CACUUUUUGCAGGGGAGAUUAUUUCUCGCAUGAGGCGUGCUGGAUCUGUUCUGUACAGCGGAGCGCACACGGCUACGUCUUUUCAAUGGAUUUCAAUACAGUGGAAUUACCCUGGGAAUUAAACUGCUGUUAAGUCGCUUUUAGUUCGCUAAUUUCGUUCCAACAAGGUUUUAUGUUUCACAUGGAGAGGAAGACGAUGACCCUCGCGUUACUGUAUGUCCUUCUGCCUCUUUUAGAUGUGUUGUCUUAUGCCGAGGAGAACCUGCGUGCUGGGGCCACCCGGCUGGACUGUGUCAGGGCCAGUGAGCAGUGCCUGAAGGAGCAGGCGUGCAGCACCAAGUACCGCACGAUGAGGCAGUGCGUGGCCGGCGGCAAGGAGAGCAACUUCAGUAUGGUUGCCGGCCUGGAGGCCAAGGACGAAUGCCGAAGCGCCAUGGACGCACUCAAACAGAGCCCGCUGUACAACUGCCGGUGUAAAAGGGGCAUGAAGAAAGAGAAGAACUGCCUGCGCAUAUAUUGGGGGAUCUAUCAGACAUUACAAGGUAAUGAUUUCUUGGAGGAUUCUCCGUAUGAACCCGUGAACAGCCGUCUGUCUGACAUUUUCCGCUUGGCUCCCAUCAUAGAGGGUGGGGAACCUUGGAGCAGCUCCGCCACUUCAGCUCCAGGCAGGGGGGGCGCCCAGGGCAGGGUAUCCCAAGGCAGAGAGCCCGCUCUGGGCAGAGGGAGCCCCUCCUCCACGGAACUUCAGGAUCCCAGUAGAAACAGGAGAGCUCAUCCGAAUUGGGCCAUACUGGGUGAGCCUGCAGUGGCCAGAGAGAAUAACUGUCUGAACGCUGCCAAGGCCUGCAACCUGAAUGACACGUGUAAGAAGUACCGCUCUGCCUACAUCAGCCCCUGCACCAGCCGCGUCUCCACCGCUGAAGUCUGCAACAAGAGGAAGUGCCACAAGGCCCUGCGGCAGUUCUUUGACAAGGUUCCUCCGAAGCACAGCUAUGGCAUGCUGUUCUGCUCAUGCCCACUUAGUGACCAGACAGCAUGUUCUGAACGCAGGCGUCAGACCAUCGUUCCCGUCUGCUCGUACGAAGAAAAACAGAGACCCAACUGUCUCGAACUGCAGGCCUCCUGCAAGACCAACUACAUCUGCAGGUCACGACUUGCGGACUUCUUUGUCAACUGCCAGCCGGAGCCUCGCUCGCUGUCAGGCUGUCUGAAGGAGAACUACGCAGACUGCCUCCUUUCAUACUCGGGUCUGAUUGGUACCGUGAUGACUCCCAACUACCUGCGCUCUCCCAAAAUCAGCGUCUCUCCCUACUGCGACUGCAGCAACAGUGGCAACAACAAGGACGAGUGUGACAAGUUCACAGAGUUUUUCACAGAGAACACCUGCCUCCGUAAUGCCAUCCAGGCCUUUGGGAACGGGACAGACGUGGGAGUUUGGCAGCCAAUGUCCCCUGUCCAGACCACCACUUCCACCACCACACCCUACCAGAGGAACCGCGAGCGCAACCCCAACACCAUCGACAACAACAUUAACCCAGACCCUGGCAUCUACCACUUCUGUGGCAGCCUACAGGCUCAGAAAUUGAAGUCAAACUCAACUGCUGAUGGGGUCUUCUGUUUGGACCCUCAGCUAGUCGGCCCAAGUACGUCCAACGCCAUCCCGAGGAACUCGGCUGUCUCCAAACGGCCAUCAGGCCUUGCCUCUCUGCUGCCUCCACUGUUCUGGCUGUGGUACUGCAGCCUGCAGGCGCUCUCCACGCCAGGCGUCUUGUAGCCUCAUCGCUUCGCAGCAACAAACUACAACGGACUGACAAACACACAUUUGUAUAAAAGAAAGAGCAAAACAAGAAAUUAUAUCCUUUCUUCUCAGUAAUACCUGUUGUAUUUUUAUUUCCCCUAUAGAUUCUAUCUCUCUUUUUAUUCCUACUUUAAUUUUUUUAAUGAAUUUUUGGAUUUUUGUUUUGUUGUUUUUUGCAUUGCAGCUGCGUGCUAAAAUGGUGAUCUACUAUACGUGUUAACUCAGUUUGGCUGUGUGUUUCCUUCCGGAUUAGUUGGAAAAAAAGGGAUUUAAAGCGUCCAUGUUGGGCAGAAAUGAGAAAAUACUCGAGGACUACAUUCCAAUAAACCACAGCUGGUUGCUCUUGGAAAGGUACACACAAUGUAUAUUAGCAUUGAGUCGUCAAAUCAGUUUUCACCCACGUCUGUUUGUGUGUUGAGGCUAUAAGUGGGAUCUUUCGUCACAGUCAGUUCAGUGAUGGCUACAUUUUAUCAUUUGGGCAAGCUUUUAGGUGUUAUUCAGUCUCCUCUGUGGUUUGUGUAUGUUUUGAUAAUGACGUGAUCUGGUAUUUUACAUUUUUAUGAAAGGUCCACGUGGAUAUUUACCUGAGAAAAAUAUCACUUGAAUUUUUUUUUUUUCAGGGUGAACACCAACAAAUUAAAACAAGUUAGAACAUCUGUGCCCAAACCGUCUUUACUGUAGCUCGUACUGAACACACAUCGCCGCUGGCAAAAGCACACAGGCGAAGACCCACAAACACAUACUGCACAUUUUCACACAUUCAGACAAAAACACACAGAAACACACUCACCGCCAGGCUUUCUGCUCCCUUUUUUUUUUUUUUUUUACACCUGGUUUUUGCCAAAUGAGUGAUACUCUGAGGUCACAGGACACACGCUGCUGUGGAUGGCUGAAUCCACUCCACUCAUUAGUGAUUGUACAUACUUGUAACAGUCUAAGCCACAUUCAGUGUUUCUCUAUGGCCGGGGACGGAGAAGCUGUUGCAGUUUCACCUGAACAUUUGUUUUUCUUUUUUAGUUUUGAUGUACUUUGCUGCACUGCGUCCACAAAAACAAGAGCUAAGGAAAAAAAUAGGCUUAUUGUUGUAGCGUAUAUUCAACGGUAACACACACCUCCAUCGAUGCAAAGCGUCCUUUUCUUUCAGUUCAGUAUUACGACUUGUUGCCUCAAUUGUAAAAUUGUCGACACGUGUUUGGGGAGGAAGCGACUGCUUGAAAUUGACCAUUUGCUAAACCCAAAUACUCUUAGGUACCAUCACAACAACCGUGGAGUUUCGUGUUCUAGCAUGGCAUGUAUGCAGUAUCGCUACUUGACAUUGGUAGUUAUUUCUAGAAUAAUAUGUCUUUGAUUUCAGAUGGAAAAUUCUUUACAUCUGACCUAUUUGAAAAUGUGAAUACUGAAUAAGGGGUUUGUGUUACAUAUGUUGCUAACUCAGGACUGCGAUAUCAGCAGUGCUAAAGCUUGUAAUAUAGAUACCAGGCAAACAGUCAUCAUUUGAUGACUCAUUUAGGAGAUAUGGGAAUAAAGUAGAAGCAUUGUUGUAUUGAAGGAUAGAGCUAGUUAGCACUGCAGCGUUAUAAGGAAAAAUUUAAGCAUUGUUAUUUUAUUAUAAUGUGACUCAAUUUUAUACAAAGGUAAACUUGAACAAACAACACAAAUUAGAGAAAAGAGAAAUGGCUUUGAGGAUGGGUUUGACAAGCAUAACCUGGGUAAGCAUGCUCCGGCUGCCAGUAGGUGUGCUAACAUUAGCAGCAAAGAACUGACACUGUUUAACCCAUUCCCUGCACUUUUACCGACACCACCCUUUUACCUGGUUGGAUUCUUUUUAGUUGCCCUGUGAACACCACUUCAGCAUGUUGAUUGAACUUCAAAGUGUAAAAAAAAAAUGCUUUGCGUAGCUGUAGUUGCUAAGUUUCGAUUAAAGAAUUAUUGUUCGGGGGAGGGGUUUAGCAAACGGUCAUUUCUGUCUUUUUAUGAGCCUGACUUGUUACUUACUGUGUGUGAAUCGCCAAACCACUUUUUGUAUGUCUGAUCCAGAGGACUGCUGGGAAAAUCCCAGCCACAGCAUCGCAAUCUUAUUCAAUUCUCAUAUGUAGACGCAGGCAUAUGGUUUUCGAACUCUCCAAACAGGAAAUAAAGCUCCCAACAACACAUGAUCAAGACGUUCACAUACAUCACUGUGGCAUGUUCAGCAAGUUACUUUAGCCAUUUGGACAGUGACAGGAGCAUUUCUGACACGCAGCUUGGGUUUAUGUAGCUUUUCAAAACAUGAUUAAUGUAUAGCAGAACUUAAAUGUUAUUUACCGAGCAUAAACAUGGUAUAUGCACUGUAUGUACUUGGCUGAAAUUAUAAAUUGGACAAAUAAAUGUCUGAUGAUAUUCUAUUCCAGAGCAUUGUGAGCUAUUUUGACAUUCAGAUACAACAUAGAGUACAUUGAAUAAACCAGAAUAUUGUUUUUUAUAACAACUUAUGUGUAUAUUUCUCCCAGUAUGUACAUGAUUAUUGCAUCUGAGAAAGAGGAUAUCAAUAACUCUCCUACUGUAGUUAAAAAGCCCCAUUUAUGAUGUUGCUUAAAUAUAGUAUUGAGUUUUUUGGCUAAGAUUUAAAAUUAUUUUUCUAUCUUUUACUAAUUUUUGCUGUUUUGAUGAGUUGAAGUGAAGGAGAUGGACUGGUUACAGAUAGCUCAUAUUUACAUUUUUUUACUGUAAUUAUUUUGGUUUUUAAGGCUGAAAUAAUUCUAGUGACAACAACUAGAAGUCGAGCAAGAAAGAAAUUGUGAUUGCAUGAUGAUUAAGAAGGAAAUAAAUCAAUCAGACAAAUAUAUUCUACACAGCACCAUUAAAGGCUUUUUUAUGGUAUAUUUGACCAGAAGUGGGUAAGUGGGAAAAUUCCCACAGACUGGACGUGUGCAUUGUGGAUGGAAAGUUAAACAGAAAUGUUAUGAGUUGCUACAUGAUUAAAACCUACAUUACAUUUCUCAGAAUUGUGUCUUAUAGUACAUCUGAUCAUUUCAUAUUUGAAUCCCAGUGUCAUGUCUUCAUUGGCCCUGGACUAUGAAGUAAAGUUUAUACAUGGGCUUUACAUUUCUUUGAAGAGUUCCUCUGAGCUGAGCUAAAGUUAAAUAUGUUUGCUGUCCAUAUCCACCCAGCCUGUUGUUUCAAAAUACCAAAAAUGGAUUUUUGGAGAUGCAGACUCCCUCUGAUAUACGGCAUCAUUACCGUCUUAGCUUGUGAAAAUGUAAAAUCUAUUGUACAAAAGUUAUGAUUAAAAACUGUUAAAUCACCCA